AUGAGAAAGCAGGGAAACAACCAUGUGAAUUGGUAUCGAUCAACACUUUCACUGGUCAUUGUUCUGCAGAAGACGCGGGAGGCCAAGGAAUUGAAAUGGGCUUGGCGCGCAACUUGUUUGUGCCACCUUGACUCUUCAACCACCGUCAACAUGGGAUCUUCACACUCAACAGCAGUACAAGAUAUUGAUACCCCGAAAUCCGAGUCACCCCAAGAGGAUGUCUAUUUCCCCAGAAAUACAGAUGACGCCCUCCGUACAUACAACACAUUACGUCAUCUUCUCCCCACCGAGCUCGUGCUGGAGAUUCUAGGAUUCGCUCAGUACUGGCUACGGUCAAAAGCCUUCAAAGACACCGAAUGUCACUACAAAGAAGCCCACUGUCGCCUUCGGCAACCAUACCUGAUAUCUGACCCCAUUCCAGAGGGACGACUGGAGGAGAUCAGAAUCAAUAUCUGGAGCCACGACCAGGGCUGGAGCAGUUACCGAGAGGACCAUGGAACAUACAGGAACUCUUGGACGUGGUUUGAGCUCACUGCUGAAGGGCCCGGGGGAAGAAAGGUCAUCACAGAGGGAGAGGAUCUCCGCCUGACAUGCAAUGUGCACGCAAAAAAAGAGGCUACGCACCAUGAGAUCAUAUUCCGACGCCAUGAAGACUUGCGGCUGAUGCAAGCCCUUCAAGCCGGUGACCUUAUUUCAAUCGUCCCAAUGGCACGAUAUGCUGGCUGGAUGAAUACGGUAGAGAAGGCCUCGAUUGAAGUCUUCACUGCCCCUAUCUUGUGA